AUGGGACCUCCUUCUCCUCUUUCAGAGAGAGAGAAAGAGGGAGAGAGAGAUUCCCCGCCCCAUCUAACAAGGUGGAGGACCAUGCUACUACAAUAUUGUUUCCUCUUGGUUUCAUGUCUUCUUACUGCUCUUGAAGCUGUGCCUAUAGACAUAGACAAGACAAAAGUGAAAAAUACUCAACCUGUGGACAGCGCCAAGGUGCAAUCGCCAGAAACUGGACUUUAUUAUGAUGAAUAUCUCAAGCAAGUGAUUGAUGUGCUGGAAACAGAUGAUCAUUUCAGAGAAAAACUCCAGAAAGCAGACAUAGAGGAAAUAAAGAGUGGGAGGUUAAGCAAAGAGCUUGAUUUAGUAAGUCACCAUGUGAGGACAAAACUUGAUGAACUAAAGAGACAAGAGGUGUCAAGGUUAAGAAUGCUGAUUACUAAAUUGGAUUCCCUUCAAGAUACAGGCAUAGACCAUCAAGCUCUUCUAAAACAAUUUGAUCACCUAAACCACAUGAAUCCUGACAAGUUUGAAUCUACAGAUUUAGAUAUGCUAAUAAAAGCG